GGGUGGCGCCAACGGGCAGUGGACGCGAGGGAGGCAACUUUCCCCCACACAACACGGAGAGAAGGAGAGUCGCGGGGAGGAGGAGGAGGAGGAGGACGUGACGGUGUGGGGGGUGGAGGGAGAGAGACAUCGCCUUCUCCACGUCGCCGCCGUCAUGAUGCGCUUCAUGUUACUGUUCAGCCGCCAGGGCAAGCUGAGGCUGCAGAAGUGGUACAUCGCCAUGUCGGAGAGGGAGAAGAAGAAGCUGGGCCGGGAGCUGAUGCAGAUCGUGCUGGGACGCAAGCCCAAGAUGUGCAGCUUCCUGGAAUGGAAGGACCUCAAGGUUGUGUACAAGAGGUACGCCAGUCUAUAUUUCUGCUGUGCGAUUGAAGACCAGGACAAUGAGCUUCUGACUCUGGAGCUCAUCCACCGAUACGUGGAGCUGCUCGACAAAUACUUUGGCAGCGUGUGCGAGUUGGACAUCAUCUUCAACUUUGAGAAGGCCUACUUCAUAUUGGAUGAGUUUAUCAUGGGGGGUGAGAUCCAGGACACUUCGAAGAAGAACGUCUUGAAGGCCAUUGAGCAAGCCGAUCUAAUGCAGGAGGACGACGAGUCGCCCCGCAGCGUCUUGGAGGAGAUGGGCCUGGCCUAGCCCCGGCGCUUGCCCGCCUGGCACGUCCCCUCGCUCACCCCUGGGGACGGGGGGCGGGGACGGGGCGGAGGGAACACUGCGUAGCCUGGACCGUGUGGCGUUGCUGUCUGUGUCUGAAAUAAACGAUCGAAAUUUGCACCCGCCCGCCUGCCCGCCUGCCCGCCUGACCUCGGGAUCGUCCUGUUGGCUGGAAGACGGCGGAAUUGGGCCAAAAAUGGGAGGUGCUACCCAGAUUGGUGGGGGUGGUAUGGGGGAGGGGGGGGGG